AUGGAGCGCCGGGAAAUCGCGGUGGCACAAUUGGGACCAGCACUUCAACCUCAAAAUGUCGAUACUCAAGGCAUGAUCUUUGCCGAUUGUGCUUUCGUUACGACGACAUACUCUCCCUGCGAAAUGACGCGACACGAGUCGAAUUGGACAUGGUUGUGGCCCUGUUUGGAUGGCCUACCCGCUGAACGCUCACCAGCUACCCAAGCACCACAUCCUGCUCUAUAUUACCCAAGCGUGGGGAAUGUAAUGGCAGCGUCUAUGGGCGAAGAGUACUCUUACACCUUUGUGAGCACUCACAAUCUCAUUACGACAUUACCACAGCCUCAUUACAGCUUCUACAACGCCGCGAAUGGAUCCAUCCCACGGCCUCGCGCGCAAGCAGAUGAUACAAUGGCGGCAUUUACUCAGGCCCUCGUCGCCUAUACCUACGCCAAAAACUGGCCAAUACACGACUUCAUUACGAACUUACUGAAGGCUCAUCACAACUCUUCCGGCCUAUACUAUAGACGUUGCAAGACGCCGCAGAUCCUUCCAGCAGCCUCGCAAGCAAUCGCCCACAUCACGCCCAAAACUGACCAAAACAUUCGUGCGAGUGGUGGCAUUACCGACCACAAACUCACCGUUUCACCUCCCCAUUUCGCAGACGAUUUCCAGACCCCUACGUGGCACGCCACCUCGCCGACCUUCGGAGCCAGCGAAGCACAAAGCCGAGCUGCAGCUGCAGGAGAGGUCUACGGAUGUGCAGUCAUGAUCCUUCGGCCGGGAACCGAAGCUUUCCCUCUCUCGAGCAUGUUCGUGCUGCCUGGUCUGAGUUUUCGGAGACGGGAAUCAUCACUCCUUGGCUUUCCGAAUAAGCAAAUGAUGAACUUCGGAAUCCGACAUCAUUGGUCUCGAAUAUGCCGAGCUCGCACAGUGGCUGCUUCCUGUUUGUCAGACUUCCUAUGCGAGAAAGAGCGACGUUCACGAAUGGCAAACGGAAUAAUCGUGCCUUGGCGACGCACAGCGGGACUGGGCCGAGUACGGCCUACACCUUGUCGGGUUCAGAUUCAGAGACACGAGCACCAACAACGAGAUGAAAAACUCCUACGAGGGAACAUUUUAUUACAGCAUUCGAUUCCUGGCUCGAAGGCGAGUUCGCUGAUAUGCCUACCGCCAGCCGGCCACGCAGGUCGAGGAUCAUACACUCUCACCACGGCAAAGCUGGCUGAUGGUGUUCGUUGGGCGAACUUGAAGCCAUGUCCCUUUUCCUUUCACCCCAAAUUGGAGCGACCUCUUCCUAUUCCAUCAUCGUCAUCCUCUCUGGUGUCGAUCGCCUCGCUUCUCGAUCCGCAGCCAACAGGCCUUCGCCCUGGACUGUGGGCGUGGUAUCCCAUCGAUGUAGUCUGGCGAGAUUUGGGCCAUGACCUCAGGCUUUCCAGUUGUUACUUUCUGAUUUGGAAGCUUAGAUGGGAUGCAAUGACGGGCAGCAGCAGUAUAAGACUUCGAUUCGGCAGCGUUUUCAUCGGAGGACGUGUUACCAAAUCAGUGCCAGGAUCACAGCGAAAGCUAAUCGUAACGAGGAAUGACACCUGCGAUGGGGUAUCAGCACUAGAAAACGGGUACAACAUCAGCAGCAUUCCCGACAACACAAGCGGGCCCAAGAACGGCAAUCUCAUGCGCACGAACAAAAAGCAGCCCAGGCUCGCCAUCACACCUAACAUCCCCAUUACACGCACAACCGAGGAGAAGGAGACGGAGGAGGUUGCGAGCACCAACAAAAUCGGGGCGGCGGAGCAGAAGAGGAGGAGGGAGGAGAAGGAGACGUUGGCUCAGAAGGCGCAGAUGGGCUCGAAGAAGCUGGAGCUAUCAAAGGUUCUCCUCGUUGGGUCGAUCAAGUUGCACCAGAACGGGCAGUUGAAUACAGGCAGGGACGUAGGCGCAGAGCAGAACGAGCCCGACUACAUCCAGUCCGUCACCGACACCAUGCGCAGCCCCAUAGACAAGGCGGUGGAGUACGUCGCGAGGAACCCAGGCGGCUCGAUCGUCGCUACAGAGAAGGGCUACGUCUCGGAGUUGGAUCCCAACACUGGCUGCAUCGGCACCAGCCAGUCGAGGAACGACAUCACCGGGACCCUACAUGGAUGCAUGGACCUCGGAGUAGGUCGUGAUCGAGGGCAACUGGAACGGAGUCUCGAUGACCCGACAAUCUUGGUUGAUUCCCAUAGCUCAUGGAGGCAUCGAACAAUGCAUGGCACUAUACAGGCUCCCAAGCUGGAUGUUGGCAGAGGCCAUCACACGAAUACGGUGUUGUAUCUUACUGCUGAUGCGAGCCCAUACGUCAAUCCCUGGACUGAUGUCUGCUUCAAGGACUUGUCUCACGCACAACAGCUACAGGGCUUCUUCGACUAUGAUUCGUUCAGUAUAGGCUCGGCGACGUCUCAAUGUGUAUUAGGAGAGGAGAAUGCGUACAACGUAAGUGGUUCUUCACAGAUCAUUGACGCAUGUAAAGACCCACCAAAAUGGACUCGACUUUCGCUCGUAGUACAUCCCGACGAGUUCCACACCAUCACAGGGGGAUUUGAUCAGCCAAACUCCAAAAGGCAGGCAUCGAAUCGAUACAGGCAGCGAGGGACGCUGGUCAGAAAAGGUUAUGAGAAUUUUUCGAGACCAUCCGAAUCUGCGCAACGGCGGAUGGGCAGCUCACGUCGUUGUCUGAGCCUGAGCCUCAGCCUAGGAGAAGCCGCCGCAGCGCACGCAGGACGCCAUCAACAAGCACGAGUGCCAUUUCUCAAUGCCGAUGAGCCAUUUCAUUUUCUCUCACCCUGCUACGACAGAGGGUCAGAUUUCUUCUUCAACACUGACAGGCAACCAGCAGCGGCACAUUGGCUGCAUCACCAGAUGCCUGUAGCGAAAGUUUCUUUCGCGGCCCCAAUGUGCCAGGCAUAUCGACUCAUCAUCUGGGACUUGCUUGGCCCGGACAGCAAUGCUUUUGCUCCCACUAGGAUUUCUUCGGAAGGGAUGUGCCCGCAAAUCAUGAACGAGAACCUAGCAAGCCGAGAAACGAUGGAGAAGCUACCCAACAUUUCCGCUCUCCCCCGUACGACAUUGUAUGCUGCAGACUAUGUGCUACUGGCGUUCAACCAGACACGGAGCUUAUGGAUCGCUUCCUCGGAUUGUGGCUCUUUGAGCACCUUCCUGGUCGAUACCGCAAGCAGCAUCGGCAUAGCUCGCCGGCGGCUGGCCACUGAGUACAUGGCAUCUCCACCACCCCGAGAGCAGCGAGAGCGACGACCCCGAGGGCUGAGCCUCGAUGACCUUUACAUCAACCUCGUAGAGCUUGUUGCGUGUGCCUCGAAGAUCUCACUAGAAAUACCCGCUGGCAGAUUCGCAAUCACUUCUUCACUUCCCAGUACUCAAUCUGCUGCCUUGGACCUACAGCAUUCUAUUCCAAACGGCCACCCAUUGCGAAGCUACCCCAUGCGCUGUUCCUUGGCUCCUCCGGCCCUUUUCGAAUUCUGCGAGCUCCUUUCAGUUCCCCAUCGCGACACCACUACUACCCAUGCCCUUAUUCUUGACUCCUCCGGCCUUUUUCAACUCUGCGAGGUCUUUGUGGAUGAGUUUCAGCUUCCCAUGGCGACACGACCUAGGGAAGCUGAGGGUGCGGCGAGAGAGGCGAGUCUUGGUGGGCCGCGGCGAGUGUCAGGCUACUUCCUGUUAGCUCAACUCCGAAUUCGUGGCAGCAUCGGUUCCGGCCUCUAUAUUGGGAGCGAAACGUGGACGAGAUUGAGCCUUCAACUCGAAAGCGUCGAGACCUUACUGCCGGAGAAGGUACCUCCUCGCCAUUUUGAACGCGCUUAUUAUUGGGUCCUCCCGCGUUUCUGCCUAACUUUCAGCCUUUAA